CCGUAAUCUUCCCGAGGACCACAAACAGCACAAUGGCAGGCCGAGGAGCUGUUCUUCUACUCCUGAUGGUGUUGGCGACGACCCUGACGGAGGACUCGGCGGGGCAAGAUCUAACUGCCGCUGAGGAUGGACUGAUGGACCUACUGGAGGCUGAGGGCGUGGCGGAGUCGUGGGAGGCGAGAGGAAAGGGUCCAGAUUUUCCUGAAGAAGUGGAGGCGAAACUGAAGAAGGAAGAGGGAAAGGAUAAGAAGAGGAAGGUAAAGAAGGUAGGGAAGAAAGAAGAGGAGAAUGAAAAGAGGAAGAAGGUGAAGAAGGAAGGGAAGAGAGGAGAAGAGGAGAAUGAAGAGAAGAGGAGGAGGAGGAAGAAGAAGAAGGCUAAGGUCGGAAAGGUGUGUCCAGGAGGCAGGUGUGUGGACUCAUCGGAGCGGUGCGGGGACGGUAGAGCGGUGCGGACUGCCUCUUGCAAGUCAGGUGUUUGUUGUGUGACAGCAUCGAAAAAGCAGGAAGAUGAACCAGAAGACAGACAUAGGAGGAAUGCCGAGCUGGAUUCAAACAGCGUCGGUGAAGAAGAAGAAGAAGAAGAAGAAGAAGAAGAAGAAGAAGAAGAAGGAAUAGAAGGAAGAGAUGAAUAUGAAGAGUAUUUGGCAGAUGAAGAAUAUCUGGCAGACGAAGAAUAUUAUUACUUCACAGACAAUGGAGAGAGAAAAUAUCAUGAGUGCAGAUCUCGUGGGCCCUGCAAGAAGGUUUGGGGGAAGUGCAUGCCCAAGAGGAUCGGAUGCCCCAAAGGCCAGACAAUGCUGGUUAAUAGUAAGCAGCUCAAAUACUGCAGCAAAAACAAGUGUGUGUGCUGUACUGACGAGAAGCCACAGCCAGAAUGUGUCUCCAAGAAGUGUGCCAAGAGGAAAGGGUUUUGCACCACGGACAAGAAGGAGUGUCCAGGCGAGAUCAAAGUCAGCAAGAAAUUCUGCAGCGGCACCAACUGUGUGUGCUGUCUGCCCAGCAAAUCAUGCAAGAUAAACUCAAAAUGUGAGGACCUUGGCGGGACGUGUGUGGAUAUCAAACUCGGCGCCUGUAAAACCCAACCCCUCGUAGGGAAGGAAUACUGCAAGGGCGGGAAGAAAUGUGGAUGUUGCGUCCCUGAAGAAGGUGAUGUGUGGGUGUAUGGGUGGGUGUAUGUGUGGGUGUAUGGGUGGGUGUAUGUGUGGGUGUAUGUGUCUCUUAUUCAUUUUAUUUAUCAAUUUUUUUUACAAGUACUUUUUUUUUUUUUUUUCUUGUUCCUAAUUUGAUCAUAAUCGUCAUUUCUUCCAGUUUUUUUUUUUUCAUCUCUUACUCAUUCAUUUCGCUUAUGUUGUAUGGGUAAGUUUAUGGGUGUUGUAUGUGUGUAUGGGUGUUAUGUAGGUGUUGUAUGAGUGUAUGGGUGAAAACUGACUCUUUUCUUUUUAUUUAUUUUUUGUAUGAGUGUUGUAUGGGUGUAUGGGUGAGUGUCUGAGAGCGUAUGGUGUGUAUGAGUGUGUAUGUAUGUAUGAGUGUAUAUGGGUGAGUGUUUGAGUGUAUGAGAGAAUAUCAACUCCUUUCUCUUUAUCUAUCUAUCUCUAUCUCAACUUUCUACCCUUCAUAAUACGUACUCUUCUCCGUUGAUUCUGAGUAUAACCGAUCUCCUUCCUCUGAUUCUGAGUCUAACCGACCUCCUUCUUCUAUGCAUGUGAAGUGAUGGUCUCAUACAUGGACAGAUAAGACUCCCUGUUGGCUUUGUAUUCUAAAAACGUCUUGUUCUUUUGCCAUCACUACUUUCCAAAGGCUUUAUUGAAGGCGCUCAUGUUUUUCAGGGAUAUUUAGAUGGUUUUGAUGAUGGAUUAGUAAGAUUUGUGGUUUGUUAUAAGUAGAAGCUCUUGAAAACCCAUCUAUAGUCGUCUCUGUGGCCUUGGAAAAUUGUCGUGUUGAGAGAGCAGUUUGUUUUUUUUAUAAUACGGGCUGUUAGUCGCUUGAGUGGAGGGUGAUAGGCCUAUACAAAUUCGAAAGGCCUAAAAUUCGCGGUUUUUUUUUUUUUUUUUUU